AUGGGUGUCUUCGACAAUGGCUUCAGCUUCAACUCCAACUCGGAGAAGAAGGCUGAUGACGAGCACGUGGUGGUAGAUGGCGUUGAUUUCGAGGAGGGUUUCGUCUCUGAGAACAAGGAUGACCUCCAACGACGCCUCGGCAACAGGCAGAUCCAGCUGUUGGCCAUUGGCGGUACCAUCGGUACUGCUCUCUUCGUGUCCAUCGGAGGCGGCUUGAACAAAGCUGGUCCUGGUGGCCUGUUCCUCGCCUAUACCAUCUACUCGAUCAUGCUCGCCCUGAUCAACAACUGCAUUGCCGAAAUGACCACCCUCUUCCCUGUCACGGGUGGCUUCAUUCGCUUGGCCGGUCACUUCGUGGACGACGCAUUAGGAUUCAUGGCGGGAUGGAACUUCUACAUCUACGAAGCCCUUCUGAUCCCGUUCGAGAUUACAGCUCUAUGCACUGUCCUUGGAUUCUGGCGUGACGACAUUCCUCUCGCCGCGGUCAUCGCCGUUGCGAUCGUUCUCUACGCCAUCCUGAACGUGCUCGCGGUCAAGCUGUACGGUGAAGCUGAAUUCUGGCUCUCUGGCGGCAAGGUCAUCCUGAUCUUCUUGCUCUUCUGCUUCACGUUCGUCGUGAUGGUUGGCGGCAACCCACAACACGACGCGUUCGGCUUCCGAUACUGGAACAAGCCAGGUGCGUUCACCCAAACCGUGGGUGAAGGUUCGCUCGGGCAAUUUGAAGGCUUCCUCGGCGGUCUCUGGUCGGCUUCCUUCACCGUUGUCGGCCCGGAAUACAUCUCCAUGGUUUCCGCAGAGGCGAAGCGCCCGCGCAUCUACAUCAAGAACGCUUUCAAGACCAUCUACUGGAGAUUCGGCCUCUUCUUCAUCGUGGGCUCCCUCACCGUCGGUGUCCUCAUUCCCUACAACGACCCUAAGCUGGAAAAGGUUCUGGGUGGAUCCGAUGGUGCCGGUACCGCCGCUGCAUCGCCAUACGUGAUUGCGAUGCAGAAUCUGGGUAUCACUGGCCUGCCUCACUUCGUCAACGCGCUCCUGGUGACCUCCAUUUUCUCAGCUGGCAACACCUACACCUACUGCUCUACCCGAGGUCUCUACGGUCUCGCGCUUGAGGGACGUGCACCAAAGUUCCUCAGGUACUGCACCAAGGGCGGCGUACCGGUCUAUUGCUUCCUGAUCACAAUGAUCUUCCCGUGUCUGGCGUUCCUGCAGCUUGGCAGUGGUUCCGUGGUCGUUUUGAACUGGCUCAUUGCUCUCAUUACCGCUGGCGGCGUCAUCAACUACAUUGUCAUGAGCAUAACCUACAUCUUCUUCUACCGCGCUUGCAAGGCGCAGGGCAUCGACCGCAGGAGCUUCCCGUACUACGGAAAGUUCCAGCCUUACUGCGGUUGGAUCGGACUGAUCUGGAUGUCGACCAUUGUCUGCGUUUACGGCUACCAAUCCUACACGCCCUCGUUCGACGUCGAAAGCUUCUUCAGCUACUACACCAUGUUGAUCCUCGCACCCAUCCUGUUCCUCGGCUGGAAGCUCAUCAAGAGGACGAGACUCGUACCCGCUCGCGAGGUCGACUUUGUCUGGGAACGACCAACACUUGACGCGUAUGAGGCGUCCUUCACGGAUGAGCCUCUGGGCUUCUGGGUUGAGAUGCUGCAGCUUGUGGGCAUCAAGAAGCGCAGGGGUGGGAAUGACCAGCGGGUCGCCAGUAUAUCUGCAUAG